CUUUCUAAUAUUGUUAAUUGACGGUUUCUACUCUCAAGCCUUGUUUGAGAACAUACUAUUUAAGUGACUUUAAAAUAUGAGGUAAAAGAAAUUAGUAUGUUCGGAAUGACUUUUUAGUUUUUUACGAAAAGAUGUGCAAAAAGUAGAGGGACAAUAGAAUCUUUGACUUUUUUUUUUUUGAAAGCCAACAAGAAGUUUUAUUAAAGAAGAAAGAGAGGAGGACAAGAAGUCCUCAUACAAUGAACAAGAACCCAAUCAAAAUAAAAACAUCUAUCAAAAAAACAAAGAAAGAGAAAACAAGAAAAUCCAUACACUAGGGGUUGCAAAUAGCAAACCAAUCCCUAGAAAUCAAGAAAAGUGAAACUCCUUUAAACGGAGGAGACACAAAAGCCCAAAAUGAAGCCAAAAAACCAGCCCUAUCCCACAAAGAAUCUACUGCAGCCUCCUUUCCAUCAAAGAUCCUUGAAUUCCUUUCCCGCAAAAUAAUCCAGAAAAUAGCACAAACAAUACAGGAGCACAAGGUUUUGGCUUUCUUAGAGCUGCCGAACCCAUCAAACUUAAUGAGAAACAUAUGUGUGCAAUCCCAUGGUAUAUGUUGUUGGCUUUUUAGUUUUUUUAGCGACUUUUUGACUUUUAGGGUAAAACAGUGAGUUACCAAACGAGACAAGUAAACAAUGAAGGUUUCUUUUAGUUUUUUGAUUUCCUUUAUGGUUGAUUUUUUUAUGUUAAUUGAUUUGUGUUGUCUUCUUCUUAACUUCAGGGAUGGUUGAGAAUGAAGCUCAGUACAAACCAGAUAAAGAAAUUUCCAAAAAUGCUUGCCGUUGAUUGUGAGAUGGUUCUCUGUGAAGAUGGCACUGAAGCUCUGGUGAGGGUUUGUGCUGUUGGGCGCAAUCUACAGGUCAAACUUAACGAACUUGUAAAUCCGAAUAAAGCAGUUGCAGACUAUAGGAGUGAUAUUACUGGGGUCAGUGCAGAAGAUUUGGAUGGAGUUACUUGUUCAUUGGCUAAUGUACAGGACUCAAUGAAGAAGCUUUUACGGGAUGGAAAAACAGUAUUAAUUGGCCACAGUUUGAACAAUGAUCUAAAAGGUAAGCUAAGUUGUAUGAUUAAAUAUUAAUUUUCCUUAUAAAUAUUUCUAUUUGCAUGACAGUUGAAAUAAGUAUUAUUCU